ACCCGCAGACACGACUGUUUAUCCCAAUCUCUGCACUGAGCGGCUGACGUCCACCAUAGCUAGCGAUGGCGGCCUCUGCUUGGAGGAUCAUGGUGACGUUGAUAUUUGCUUUGCUGCCGUUGAUGAUCACUUGCUCAGUGUUGUGGUCAUCAUCAUCAUCAUCAGGACAGCCUGCUCGCUUGCCACGUGGCAUCUUGCACUUGUCUGUUCCGCCGUCGCCGCCGCCGCACGGGCCUGACGACAGCGAGUGCCGCGUGACGCAGCAGCAAAGGCGCCAGCUUGAAACUCAGACGCCGAUGGGUGGAGUGACAAUUCAGAUACGUGACCCCAACGUUCUGACUGUUAAAGCUCAGUAUGCGGUCGGGUUCGACCCCCCUGAGAACGUUCUGAGCGAUGGCAUCCAAGAGCUGGCCUUAUCUCCCAAGGAUAAGACCCUGUUCGUCCUAAUAGAUAACACAGUUUUGAGGAUGAGCACGGACGACAUGUCGGCCAAUGCCACUUUAUUUGCCGGAUUGAACCGCACUUUCGGCUAUUCGCUGGCGCUGGAAGAUCGUGACCUGGAAGGCACAGGAACAACAGCAGGGGCGGGCGCUAGCAGCGACACGUGGCCGAAAAGAGUGCUGCACGUAGGGGAGGGUGCAGAUAUGCUUCAUGCAUUCUCAAUCGAUCGGACCGGUCAAUCGAUAAUCACACGUCAGCUCUACUCCCUGAACUACAGCGGGCUAACUGGCGAUCUUCGGGUCGAGAGCAUGGCAAUCGACGCCCGUCGGAGAAUGCUGUACGCCUCGACAGGUCCGGCUUUAUACCGAGCCAACUUGACUUCCACCCCAGGGGGUGGGGCGGGGGGGUACACCCCGCUGGAGCACUGGCUAGGCGUGAAAGGGUACAAUUUUAGCACAGACGAUUACGUAGAUAGCGAUGACCCACGUGAAGUCCGAUUAGGCCAUGCAACUUUGGACGCGUCCGCCAUCUCCCCCGACGGGGAAACCAUUUUCUUCGCUGAUAGGAUCAACGGCGUGAUCCGACGGCUCCGGACGAGUACAGGCGCUGUGGAUAGCCUUACGGGAGUCAAGACAGGGCAGAUCGACGGGGCCGCCUUGGAGUCUUCCUUCUUGGUUCCGCGGCGCUUGGCUGUCUCUCAAGACGGCUGCCACGUGUUCGUCUUCGAAGGGUAUGAUGCUGGCAGGCUCCGACUAAUCACCUUAAAUAGCAGCUGGGGGGAGGCUGUGAGCGAGACCACCAUCGCAGACCUGGACACAGUUCUUCCCAGCAGGGAGAUGCCGCAGCACUUUCCUCUCGCCAUCUCUCCGGAGAGCGACGUGCUGUACAUAGCUUUUUCAGGACAGAUCGUUGAGCUGGUGAUUAACAGAUCGGCUCUGCGGUCUUGUCUCGCGCCAUCCAACGAGAAGAGUGCCUCCGCGAUGUCUCAGCCGAUGUCGGCCGUCCCCCCGCCCGUCUCCUCCUCGCCGACUACCGUGCGGAUAAUCGUCAUGGCAAGCGCCGGGCUGCUGCUGCUACUUGUGGCCUUAUCGGUGCUGUUUUUCGUCGUGCUCCCACGGCGAAGCCGACGAUUCGAGCGCAGGCGGGGGGCCGUCCGCCUGAACUCUCCCGCACAUGAUCGCGAGGGUAUACACGGGUCGGCGGAGGUGGGAAAAGCACCCAAGAUCCUAGGAGGAGGAGGAGGAGGAGGCGGAGGAGGAAAAGAGGGAGGGGAAAGAGCAGGAGAUCAAAUCGGCGGAGUCGGCGGACUUCCAGAACGAGGACUCGGAGGAGGAGGAGGGUGAGAAGGACUGGGAGUGAGACUCCACAAACUCUCGCACGGUGGGCAAAGCGAAAGCUCGGGGCGAUCGAAGUGAUCGAUCCUGAGGACGAAGACGACGAGCAAAAGUCGCUCAGAAUGUCCACAGCCAGACCGACAGUCAUCCGUAGGACGGACAUGAUACUGUAAGAGCUGCCAUGCAAAUUGAGAGGAUCCGAGAGAUUGCAGAUCGACGGCUGGGAGCUCUUGGCCCCGUGGACUGGAGUAGCGUUUGCGGGACGAUGGAUCUUGCAGUGAUGGAGUGCAUUACGGCGACCGAUUGCGGACGGCGACCGCAAAAAUUGGGGCCGUCCGGAAUCGACUGGGGAUUUCUAAAUCAACUAGAGCAGUCGAUGUGCUCACGCGAGCUGGGUACAAGUUGAGCUCAGUCGAUGUGCUGAGUCGAGCUGGGUACAGGUUGAGCUCACGUGAGGGGACUUCAUGCUUGAGGACGAAGAUUGUAAUUAGUGUAUUUAAUUUAUUGAUUGAUUGAUUAGGGAAGAAACUGGCAAACGAAAGACCGCGGACACAAUUCCAUCAUAGAUUAUCUAGACUGAUGUACAAUAGUUUUGAAAUGCUAGAGAGAUCUACCAUCCAGAUGAACUCUUCCUUUCUCCCACCAACGCGCCGCCUUUGAUUCAUUAUCUCAGACUCUGUAUCCGUAUCUGGCCUAACAGUUGCACUCUAUUCAGCUACAAAUGAUGACCAGCUGUCGCGUUUUCAGGGAUAGAUGGUGCGCUUUUGGAUGCGAGUGUGUCGUGUAGCGGUGCAGCCGGUACUAAAUAUAGAUGAUGAUGAGCAGUACGCCAGCCUGAGGGGAGACUCAGUGUGAUUAGAAACCGUUACGGUGAGAUGGCUAUGCAGUGGGAUGGUCGUGACUCGUGACGUCCAACACUCAACAGCAGUAGUAGUAGUAUCACUGUCUGUAUCACUGUCUUCCCCCCCAACGCAGUGCUUCCUUAUUAUGACUGUAUCUGAUUCAUUACCAUUCCCAACAGAUAGCUUGUAUACGUUCGUGAUCAGGGUCAUCAUUCAUUGAGUGAGUGGUGAACAUGCAUUCACAUAGUCGCAGCACAAUAUCAGCUUAGUUAGCCCAAUGGAUGCAUAUAUGUCACAAAAGAUAGCUUGUAUGCGUUCGUGAUCAGGGUGUGUGCUGUGUCUGCGGAGAGACUGUGGCCUGUAUAUACUCUAACAUCGCGAGAUGUUGUACUGCGUGUGUAGCACGUUAUUGGACGAUGCACAUCACUCGACUGCGUCAAAGGCCAUUGGCAUGCACACCCUCAAGGAUUCCCAGACUCUGCUCAACUCAAGCACCGCCAGGGACGACUCGAUCCUACGCAUCAUGGCUGAACUCACUCAGACUACCAUUUCCUUUUUGUUUUUCUUUCUUUCCAAACUAACCGCUCCCGUCCUUUCGCGGGGAGCAUCCGUUACAUUCACAAUCCAGAGCGACACCAUUACAAUUGAAAAC